UCAGCAGCUAGGCGAGUUCGUGAAAUGAACUUUGAAUUCUCCGAUGAAAGGAGGACUGGGAUCCCUGGUGAAGGGGCCUCGUGCGGUUAACGCGAUCAUUCAAAAGCUGCAGAGAUGCAUGAGCAGCGGAACCGCCGCAGUCAUGAGCUUUGGCGACGGAAACCACGGUGCUCUGGGCCUGCCGACUUCCCUCAUGGGACUCGGCGUCGACGCUUACGAACCCAUCCGGGUCCCUUCUCUGCCUCCUGAUGUCACCAGCGUCGCCGCUGGGCACUACCACUCCCUCGCUGUCACUUCCCAAGGGCAGCUCUGGGCUUGGGGCCGAGACCUUGAAGCCCAGCUCGGCCGCGGACUGCCUUCUCCCAGAGAUUCAUGGAAUGAACCAAAGAGAGUAACUGGGUUGGAUCAAGUAAACGUUUGUGCUACAUUUGCGUCCGGUGUUGUUUCUGCAGCCAUUGGAGAUGAUGGUUCUUUGUGGAUUUGGGGAAAGUCGAAGCGUGGCCAGCUUGGUCUUGGAAAUCAAGUCACCGGGGCCAUGGUACCUUCCAGAGUUGAAGCACUAUCAGGAGAGAAAAUAAUUAAGGUAUCAUUUGGUUGGGGGCAUGCUCUUGCACUGAGUGAGGAUGGAAAAUUGUUUGGUUGGGGUUAUUCAGCCGAUGGUAGGUUAGGAAGCAUUACAGAAUCCUUGGAGCCGUCUCUACUGGAAUCAAGGGCAGGUUUGAGUAAUAAGGAACUAUCAAGUUCAACUGUGGAAGCUGCGGAGAAGCUGGUUUUAGAAGGAAUGGCUAAGGAGAAUGACAUGCCGAUAGUUUGGGAACCUAGUUUAGUGAGAGAACUACAUUCUGUUGAAGUUGUAGACAUUUCAUGUGGUUUUGAUCAUUCAUUAAUUCUUUGCGGUGAUGGAACACUACUAAGUUGUGGGAGCAACGUAUAUGGUCAGUUGGGCAGAGAAAAACCGGAUUUGGGAUUGUUCCCUGUUGACAUAAGCUUCCGUCCCACAUCAAUAGCAUCAGGGCUUGGCCAUUCUUUGGCAAUUUGCCAGGUUCCAUCGUCGAAUGUUAUAAAAGGAGCUGAAGACAUUGUUACAUGGGGGUGGAAUCAAAGUUCUCAGCUUGGAAGAGGUGGAUCGGAGAAUAUUCCAUUGGUGGUUGAAGGGUUGGAAGGGGAAAUUCCUGUCUCAGUGUCAGGAGGGCGUGUGCAUUCCAUUGCUCUCACAUCCAAGGGAGAAGUGUGGGUUUGGGGUUGUGGUAAGAAUGGAAGAUUAGGGUUAGGAAGCUCCUGUGAUGAAGCAGAACCGAUUUUGCUCGACUCUGUAGAGGGUUGUCAAGUUUUACAAGCUGUGUCUGGAUUUGAUCAUAAUCUUGUCCUGAUUGCGGAGUGAUGUGCAUGACAUAACGAUUGUAAUUGCGUUUUGUUCUGUGGUUUUGCUUAGUAAUUGUCCGUUUUAUGGCUUCUACGCUCCAAUGUAUUCAGAUCAAAGAGAAACAAAAAUGUAGAUUGUCGAAUACUACGUUCUAUAGUAGAGAUCGUGGGUUUCCACUUCACGAAUAAUGUAGAACUUAAACAUUUUAUGUUGUUUUCCUUUGUCACAAUGGUUGGUGAAUGCGUUCUUUCAACUUC